UUUUAUUGUGAUGUCACGUUUACGUGUUCCACGUCACGGAAGUCACAGAGAUGGUCCAUUAGAGCCCUAAAACCAAGCUGAAGCUUGUAUUAUCGGUCUUGUAAUGUGUCAAUACUUUACAGGAUACAGACUCAGGACUGUUCUGGUCUAAAAGAGAGCCGGAAACUCUCGAAAGCGGGGGUGUUGAGUUGGUGAGCGAGCCUGCCUGCCGUUUUGCAGGCUAGCUCGCUAGUCAAGUAGCCGUCUAGCUGCCUUGGCGACGAGCUGAGUAAUUAAUCUAAACACAGACCUCGAGGCAGCACGCAGUUAUUUCGUUUUACGGUCAUCGUGUAUUGCGUAGCCAUGGCAACUCGGCGACUGACCGAUGCCUUCUUAUUAAUGCGGAACAAUGCAAUCCAAAACCGGCAGAUUUUGGCUGAGCAAGUGAGUACACUCGACCCCCGUCGAACUCUGAAUACACGUAGCAAUGCUGCGGAGUUUGAUGAGUUGGCAGAUGACCGUAUGGCUCUGGUGUCAGGCAUCAGUUUGGAUCCAGAGGCUGCUAUCGGUGUCACAAAGAGACUUCUGCCUAAAUGGGUGGAGGGAGUGGAUGAGAUUCAGUAUGAAAUCACACGUAUUCGUCAGAAGAUGAAGGAACUGGCCAGUCUGCAUGACAAACACAUGAACCGGCCCACACUGGAUGACAGCAGUGAGGAGGAGCACGCCAUCGAGAUCACUACACAAGAAAUUACACAGAUGUUUCACAGGUGCCAGCGGGCCGUGACGGGGCUGCAGACUCAGAGCCGUCAUUGUACAGAACAAGAAAACAGGCUGUUGACUAAUGUGGUCUCCUCACUGGCCCAGAGCCUUCAAGAACUGUCAAUCAACUUCAGACACACACAGUCAAGCUACCUGAAACGGAUGAAAAACCGUGAAGAAAGAUCCAAGCACUUUUUUGACUCUGGUCCUCUUGUGGAGGAAGAUGAAGAUAUUGCGCUAUAUGACAGAGGAUUUACAGAUCACCAACUAGUGCUGGUUCAGCAAAACACAGUGGUGGUAGAAGAGCGAGAGAGAGAAAUUCGACAAAUUGUUCAGUCCAUCUCUGACCUAAAUGAGAUAUUUAGAGAUCUUGCUGGAAUGGUUGUUGAACAGGGCACAGUCCUCGACAGAAUCGACUUCAAUGUGGAGCAAGCUUGUGUCAAAACAGACGAGGGGCUGCAGCAGCUGCAGAAGGCUGAACAGUACCAGAAGAAAAACCGCAAGAUGCUGGUCAUUUUAAUUCUCUUUGUCAUAGUCGUUGUUCUAAUACUUGUUCUGUUCGGGACAAAGUUUAGAUGAAUAAUUCCAUGGCCUCUAGGAGGGAUCUACCUGUAUGUAUGAGAUAAACUGAUGUGUGUGUGUGAGUAGGUAUGCAUGCUAACUUUCAACACCAUUAUUUGAGAGUGGAAAAUGUAAAAGGUGCUUACGUUUUAAAAUACUACUCAACAAAGUGAAGAUGAGGACAGGGCAGUGUCUGGAGACAUUUGUGUGUCUAUUUCUGUUGUGAGGCAGCGUUAGUACUCGGGUUCCUUUCAGAGGGCCAUUUUUCUUCAUUUUCUCUAACAAGCACAGUAAUUAGGAGUGUGGAUGUGAUAUGGGAGCAUGUUCAUCUCAACUGCCCUUGUCAUCUAAUUUAAAGAGUAAACAGGAAGAUGAUGGGAAAAUAUUAGGAAUCCUCGGAAGAUGAUCAUAUAUGCUUGGGUGAAUUUAUUCAAAAGAAUGCCCAGGUUAUAGUUUUUUGCUAGUUUCCCUCUCAACUCUCAUUACUGUAAUGCAGAAUUUAAUUAUUUAAAUCAAAAAUUAAAAGUAAAGUUGCAGUUUUACAGUAUUUUUUUUUUUUUUUUUUUUUUUACUGUAUAAUAGUGGUACAAAUCUACUGGGAAGAACCAUUGAGAAUAAUGGAAAGUAAAUUAGAGUGUUAAAGUAAAUGAGACUUUAGGGGGGAAUGGGCUUAGUGGUCAUUAAAAUAAUUAUAAUGAUGCAUAUUCUUAACAUAUAUUCAUUUGAAUAUGGGGUUAAAUGUCACCUGAACGUGUUUCAUAAAGAUUCACCCACUUUCUUGGUUUCAGUCAACAUCAGUAGUGAGCAUCUACACUGAAACCUGUCAUAAGCUGCCUUUGAAUUGGGAUGUGUGUGUUCGAUGCAAGCCCAAGAUGACAUCAUAAACUGUUUACCUAAGAUCUGAGAAUUUUCCCAUGUGUGUGUCUGAGAGAAGCACUGACACUCCAGUCAACCGUGAAGGAAACUGACGACUGAGGAAUGAGGAACUCAAAGCAUUUACCAUGUUCAGUUUUUAAUGUUUAUAUAUAUGUAUGUAUGUGGUAAAAUGAAAAUCAUUGGGAUUAUGAGGGGUUGAAUGAACUGAAUGUUACAUUGUCCUUUACGAGUGUCUAUUGCUGAGAGUUAGUUCCCAAAGCACCGUCAUGUGUUUGUCUAUGUUUUAAUGGCAGUGUUGCUUUGAUAUCAGUAUCAUUUCAGUGAUUUAUUCAGUGAAACGUGGGAGUGAUUGAUCAAGAUUUUUUGAAUCACUCCGUUCCUUGCCUUAAAGAGUGAACAUCUGUGUGCUGAACUUGGAUGUUUUUAAAGCUUUCCUUGUCCAUGUUUCAUUGGCUGGUGUUGUCACUACUGUAUUGUUCAGUCUGACCUUUGAACUUAAACUGAACUUUGCCCUUCAGUCUCAGACAGAAGCUCUGUCGGUUCGGCUGAUUGACUGUAAAACUACUGUUCCCUGUACAAGAGGAAAUUAUUUAUUUUAGAUGCAAACGUGUACAGAGUUUAUGGAGUUCUGUUGUUGUCCGUUGGUAGUCCAAAGUCCUUUUUUUUCUUUGUUUAUUGUAAUGAUGAUUUACUUCUUUAUGCUUUUUUUUUUAUAAAUCAAUUCCUGUUAAGGGUAAUUGCACCACUACUGUAUGAUGGGGUAAAAUCAUGUUGUUGACCUUAUUAUUUUAUAAAUACAGAGACCGUUUAUUCUUAUGUUAUUUUAGAAGGUUUGAAAAAAUAUAACUGCACAGUCAAGGCUUAAAUCCAUUUCAUGUGAUUUACGCCAUGAUUUUGUCGUGAAACCCAGUGUGAAUUAUAAUAUUUUCCUGCCAUUACGGUACUACUGUAUGCCAUUUGAACCUUCUGUAAACGCUGAACAGGUUUUUAAUGAAAUUAAAACAAAUAUAUAUA